AUGAAGUUCUCAUCCUCAAUCCUCUUUGCUGCAUCCUUUUUGGGCUUCCUUGGAACAACCAUUGGUCAUGGUGUUCAGAUCUACACCUGCAUCAGUCCUGCCGGAGAUCUCCGUGUGCUCAUUGAGCACUGGCAUCAAACCACCGCUCCUGCUGUAAGUCCAAGUCACACCAUCCAGGUCCAAAAGAACAAUGACCCUUCCGUGGCUAUUCAAUACGUUGGAGACAACGUUAAUGUUGAUGAGAGUGCCCUUGGAUAUCUGUGCAAAGACAACACCCUCCCUAUGCAUGUUGUUAGCUGUGGAUCGGCGGAUCAGUACAAUGAUUGGGCCUGGUUUGACUUCCCAAGCCCUGACUGUAAUGCUCCAUCGGAUGCCUACACCAUCCUUCAAGGAAACUCUGUUGUGUUCCGGGAACAAUGUAGUGCCCUCUACCCCCAGACCUUCUCAAUCUCUGGCGUUUGUGCUGCAGCUGGUAUCCCCACCACUGGACAGAUUGCUGGUGAUCCCCACAUCCAAACUUGGGACAAGAAGUGGUAUGACUUCCAUGGACAGUGUGAUCUUGUCUUCCUUGAGAACAAGGACUUCAACAAUGGCCAAGGCAUGGAUAUCCACGUCAGGACCACAGCUCGCUACCAGUACUCCUACAUUGAAGCUGCUGCCUUGCGCAUUGGAGAUGAUGUCCUGCAAGUCAGCUCCCAUGGAAAUACUUUUUGA